AGAGGUUGCGCUUCCUUUCCUGUCCAACUUGGUGGAAGUGUCACCAGGACGACACUGACAGACUUCAGCAAAGUUUCUGUCACGGUGCUGUGUAGCUCUUGACAUGGCCCCCAACCCAAAGCUGAAGGAGGCGAUGGCCGACGUGCAGGGCGGUAUCCGAGCCAUCCUGCUCGGACCUCCCGGAGCCGGGAAGGGGACUCAGGCCCCUCGGCUAGCAGAGAAGUACUGCGUUUGCCACCUGGCCACCGGAGACAUGCUGAGGGCCAUGGUGGCUUCGGGCUCCGAGCUCGGCAAGAGGCUGAAGCAGACGAUGGACUCCGGCAAGCUGGUCAGCGAUGAGAUGGUGGUGGAGCUCAUCGAGAAGAACUUGGACACAUCAGCCUGUAAGAAAGGAUUCUUGUUGGACGGAUUCCCUCGAACGGUCAAACAAGCAGAAAUGUUGGACGACUUGUUGGACAAGAGACACGAGAAGCUGGACUCUGUGAUCGAGUUUGCGGUCGACGACUCUCUGCUGGUCCGCAGGAUCUGUGGCAGACUAAUUCAUCAGCCGAGUGGCCGCUCCUACCACGAGGAGUUCAACCCCCCCAAAGAGCCCAUGAAGGAUGACCUGACAGGUGAGCCUCUGAUCCGCCGCAGCGACGACAACGAGACGACGCUGCGCUCCCGUCUGGACGCCUACCACCGGCAGACCGUCCCUCUGGUGCAGUACUACAGCGCCAGGGGCCUGCACACGGCCGUCGACGCCGCCAAGAACCCCAACGUGGUCUUCGCCUCCAUCGUAGCGGCGUUCUCCGCCGCCACGGGAACCCCCGCCCGCGCCGCCGCCUGUAAAGACCAAGUGUUCUUCAUUUAAAACUUCCCUCCUCCUUCUCUUUUCCCCCCCCUUCACUGGUGGAGAUUACACAAGAGUUGAUCAGAGUGUCAGAGCGGCAACAAAAUGUAACGUUAUGGAAGACGGAGACUCAAAAGUGGGAUCACUGUCGUAGCAUCAGAGGGGAUUUCAAAUUUUACCUUUUGUUUCUCCUCAUCACAGAACCAAGUGUGAAAGAGAAGAACGUAUGAAGGAUUAAAGGGUUUGACAUUUAGCAGGAGACGCUUGUCAUCGGAAGGUGUUAAGGGAUUUUGACAUAGGUUGCAUAAUUGUUUGCCUUCGCUGGACACAUUUGCUCUUGUUUAAUCGUUUGCUUUUCUCUUUUUUCCCACCCUUUGUCAGUCUUUUUAAUCCCUCGCUGCUACCGUACAUCUCCUGUUUGUUCCUCUCCACCUGUAUUUCCGCCUCUUUCUUUCUCUAAAUCUAAAAUACUUUGGAA